AUGUUUGCCACUAACCACAAGAAGUCCCGAUCAGAGGGCGAGUGUCAGGCCGUUUCCAGGUGUAUGAUUGUUGGAACGUUGCGGUGAAGUAACAGGAUGUCCGCUGAUUCAUUCUGACUGAACAACCAUUUGACAGAAGAAUCGGGAAUGAGCACUGCUACGCAACCCUUCUACAUCGUGGCGGUACACGGAGGUGCCGGCGUGCAUUCCCCAGCAUCUGACACACAUGUCAAGAAAACCAUGAAGAUCGCGUGCAGGAAAGCUCUGCUGCGGUUGCAAGAGAGUAAUUCGGCGCUUGACGCGGUGCAGGAAGCCGUGAGUUCCCUCGAGGACGACGACUGUCUCAAUGCCGGCUAUGGGUCAAAUCUGACUUCGAAUGGCACGGUCGAAUGUGACGCCUCGAUUAUGUGCGGCACAACAGGUGCCUUUGGUAGUGUCGGCGCAGCAUCUGGAAUUAAGCACCCGGUGAAGCUGGCACGGUCCGUCCUCGAGUACUCUCGCAGGCCAGACCCACUCGGUCGCAUCGCACCCCUAAUGCUCGUAGCCGAUGGUGCGCUCCAGUUCGCGCGGUCACAGGGAAUUGCAAUCGUACCACCGGGAACCCUUGUGACACCGAGAGCCAAAGAGGAAUGGGAGCGGUGGACCACGGUUCUCAACUCCGUCUCCUCCUCGGAGACCAUUGGUGGAUGUUCGGCUGAUGAGUGCCCCGUGUUGCAGACGCAAGUUUGUGCACCGUCGCUUGUGGCUACCGAUCAUUCCAGCCUACACGAUGUACAAGACACAGUCGGAGCUGUCGCUUGCGAUGCAGAGGGAAGCUUCUCAGCUGGCGUAUCGAGCGGCGGCCUGCUACUCAAGCAUCCCGGCCGUAUCGGCGAAGCAGCGAUGUACGGUUCAGGUUGUUGGGCCGCGGGCCUGAGCCAUGGGGACGUCUGCGGAGCAGCCUGCAGCGUGUCUGGUGCUGGCGAACACAUAACUCGGGCAGCAUUAGCCCGAUCCGUGGUGGAGGCUCUGGAAGUGUCCGAUGUUGAUACGCAUGAAACAAUCCGGCGCAUGCUGCUGGACAAUCUUCGAGCGGCCCGCCACGGUCAGGAGGAAGGCCUACCACAGGCGGGCAUACUACUCUUGAUCAGGGAGCGAGUCAGUGAGGGCACGUCUGUACCUCGAUUAUGGUGUGCAUUCACCACCGAAAGCAUGGCGAUUGCUUAUGCAUCUUCAUUGGACCCAAAACCUAAAGCGCUCAUUCUCCGAAGGCCGCGGCAGCAGAAGACGGAGACACCGAUUUAUCUGGCGGCCCUUCCCUUGACAAGAGGCUAAAGGUUGUGUGACCCAGAAUUUUCUUUCGCGAUAAUGCAACUACAAUAGUAGAAGACAGGUGGCCUGCGAAGGCGUAGCAGCCUGCAGGCCAUCGCGUGUCCAGAUAAUCAGAAUGGGACUCGAAGGCGAUGCACCCGCCCUUCGAGUUCUCCGUGAUCCCUG